AUGCAGCCUCCGGAGCUUUAGGGCGGGGCGACACCGCGCAGCAGCAGCAGCAGAAACAGCAGCUCCAUCUCUGCUCCGACAUCGACCUCCUGCUCGUCUCCAGGCCGCGGCAUGGAGCCCGGAGCCCGGCCUGUUUCCUCUGGGUCACCGCGGAGCCGCGCUGUGUGUUGAUGCUCGUGCUGAUGGAAGAUGACGAUUAAGAUGAAGAAGAGUAGUAGUGAACAAAGCGCAGAGUGUGAGUGAAUGUGAUGCAGCAGAAAAAGACUCGCCAUUGUUUGGAUGCGCAGCAGACUGAGAGGAGGAGGAGGAGGAGGGGGAGGAGGAGGAGGGGGAGGCCGACGCUCAGCAUGCUAUCCCCGGCCCCGCUACUGCUGCUCAGCGCGGCCCUGCUCUGCUGCGUCCAGACGUCAUCGUCCUUCCUCGUGUCGCUCAGCGACGGCGGUUUGAUCACCGCGUCUCUGGAGCGCUCCGACCUGCAGGACAACGUCACAGCGUACGGCGCUCAGCUCUCAGGAGAACCUCGACUCAUAAGGGUGGAGUUCGCGAACACGAGCGAGCCGCUGCUCAUCAACACGUCCUUUCAUGGUCUGUGUUACAGCGUGGGACUGGUCCUGAGACGAGGACAGACGUGGUCCAGGCCCACAAAGACUGUACCUGUCCUAACAAAGCCACUUCCUGUCGUCAGUGUCCAGAUCUCAGACUAUAAAGAGUCUCCAGAGACGGGUGUCGUGUUUGAGAUCGAGUCUCCGACAGGAAACGUCUUCAGCAGAGUCAACAUCAGCUUCACUGAAGGACAAGAGCGACGAUGGAUGCUCUACAAAGAUUUCUUCAAAGGGAAGACAGUUUUCAAACACUGGUUACCGGGCGUCUGUUACCGGAACAUCACGUUCCAGCUGAUCUCCGAGGCGACCGUGUUCCAGACGCCGCUGGUGACGCACAGUGACAUCACACACUCACCUGUGAACCACAGGACAGUGCCCCUCCCCCCACUCAACAUUUCCCAUAAAAUCGUCCACCUGAGCCAGAGGGCGGAGCCAGAUGAAGCGUCCGACAUCAGUCCUCCUGAUGGGAACCAGGAAAGUGGCCGUGCUUUUCGUCGCGCCCGGGACGUCCCUCUGAUGGAGGAGCAGGAGGAGGAGACCGCCUCAGAGGAAGCGGUGGGCGUGUCCACUCAGGUUCCCUUUAAUGUGUCAGGAACCUCCCCCGUCUUCCUGAACGCCAACCACACGAUGGAGGCGGAGCCUCGGCGGUACUGGCUGGAUCCGACCGAGACGACUCCCGCCGAUGCGGCGGACGAGGAGUUUGUCAACGCCGUGGUGUCGGAGUACGAAGACUCCAACGAGCCGGGGUCGGCCAUGGGCGUGCCCUCUGACCCCGCCGUCCUGCCCACCAAGCUCCCGCCCGUUCUGCUGGAGCUGCGCUGGCUGCCGCCGAGACCGCCCACCAGCUAUGACGGCUUCAACGUCUACAUCUACAGAGACGGUAACUCCACAGAGACGGCCACUGUGGACGAAAACACUCACGAGUUUUUCACCGAGCUCACAGAGUCGGGGACGUACCGCGUCCACGUGUCCACGCUGAGCUUGGCUGGAGACUGCGAGACGAGGGAGAGCGUCUCCGACACCAGCUUCACCUUCUACCUCAGUCCCGUUGGUGAGCUGCUGGAGGAGCUGCAGGAGCGUCCUCAGGGCGUCAGCGUCCGUCUGCUGGACUCCAGCACGGCCGCCGUCUCCUGGACGUCGUCGUCCGAGGACCACAACGGCAGCGUGGUGUCGGUGGUUUCCACGACGUGUCUGAAGCCGAGUCUGAGUCAGAGGAUGGAGACGACCUUCUGCGGCGAGGAAAACACGACCAGUGACAUCAUCAGUAACCUGACGCCCGGCGCUCAGUACAGAGUGACCGUCUUCCACACCAACGGUCCUCUGAUCAGUCCUCCGUCCGAGCCCGUCAUCAUCGACAUAGAGCCCACAGGCGUCCGGGAGCUCGCCGUUUACCCUCUGAGUCCGACGGCGGUGAUCCUGAGCUGGCAGCGUCCGUACCACGUGGCCUUCAGGAAGUACGUCCUGCAGACCUUCUUCUUCAACCCCGUCACGCUGGCGUCCGAGUGGACGACGUACUACGAGAUCGCCGCCACCGCCUCCAUCAUCGCCUCUGUGAGGGUGACUGACCUGCUGCCAGCCUGGUAUUAUAACUUCCGUGUUUCCAUGGUAACGUGGGGCGAUCCUCCGCUGAACUGCUGCGACAGCUCCACUGUGAGCUUCGUUACAGCUCCAGAGGCUCCUCACGUCUCGUCUGUAGAUUACUCUCACGGCGUUCUGUACGUGCGCUGGACGUACGGCGAGCUGUUCAUCGACCUGUCUCACUCCAGGAUGAUGCACUGGCAGGUGGUCGCUGUCGGCAAGAAAGGACCAGAGAAGAUCUAUUCUGUGGACGUGACCCGGAACAUGAUGAGGGCGAGUCUUCCUCUUCCUCCUGGAGACAUUUAUAAUCUGACAGUGACGGCGUUUACUGAACGAAGCAGGAACACGUCGUCACCGAGGAUCAUCAAGCUGGAACCGGCUCCGCCCACGUCGCUGUUCGCCAUCAACGCCACGCACUCGUCCGUGACGCUGCUGUGGAGCGAGGAGGGCGUGGUCGACUAUUACCAGGUCACGUGUCGUGCGAGCAGAGCGGGGAACGAGCUGAAGACGCGUGAACCUCAGACGGUGACCUCGCACGUCGUGACCAUCGUCGGUUUGGCGCCGUCGUCCAAGUACAACUGCAGCGUCACCAGCUUCAGCUACAGCACGCCGAGCCGCGCCGCUCACAUCAGCAUCAGCACUGUGGCUAAAGAGAUGAACCCCAGCGUGGCGGCCAUCUCAGCUCUGGCCGUCCUCAGCGUGCUGCUCGUCAGUCUGCUCGUCCUCUUCCUGCUCGUCCUGCGCAAGAAGCACAUGCAGAUGACCAGAGAAUGCGGCGCCGAAACGUUUGUCAACUUUGCGUCGUUCGAGAGAGACGGGAAACUUCCGUACAACUGGCGAAGAAGCCUCUUUGCCUUCCUUACCCUACUGCCAUCCUGCCUUUGGACUGACUAUCUUUUGGCUUUUUAUAUUAAUCCUUGGAGCAAGACAGCUUUAAAGAAACGGAAGCUUACAAGUCUGGUGCAGCUCGAUGACUUUGACGCCUACUUCAAAGAAAUGGGCAAAGACUCGGCGUAUAAGUUCUCGCUGCAGUUUGAGGAGCUGAAAAGCAUCGGCCUGGAUCUGUCCCACGACGCAGCAGAUCUGCCCGUCAACCGACCCAAGAACAGAUACACCAACAUCCUCCCAUACGACUUCAGUCGUGUCAAAUUGAUCUCGAUGCACAACGACGAAGGUUCCGAUUACAUCAAUGCUAACUACAUUCCCGGAUACAAACACGCUAAAGAAUACAUCGCCACUCAGGGUCCGCUUCCCGAAACUCGCAACGACUUCUGGAAGAUGGUCCUGCAGCAGAAGUCUCCAAUCAUCGUUAUGCUAACGCAGUGUAACGAGCGUCGGAGGGUGAAGUGCGACCACUACUGGCCGUUUACGGACGAGCCCUACAUGUACGGAGAGAUCAGCGUGGAGAUGCUCUCAGAAACCGAGUCUCCUGAGUGGAUCAUCAGGAAGUUCAGACUGGGAUACGCUGAUGAGAGUCAGGACAUCCUCCACCUGAACUACACCUCGUGGCCGGAUCACGGUGUGCCCACGGUGAACGCCAUCGAGAGCAUCCUGCAGUUUGUCCAUAUCGUCCGUCAACAGGCGAACAGGACCAAAGACCCGAUCAUCGUCCACUGCAGUGCUGGAGUGGGCAGGACCGGGACCUUCAUCGCUCUGGAUCGUCUCAUGCAGCACAUCAGAGAACACGAGUUCGCAGACAUCCUGGGGAUGGUUUCCGAGAUGAGGUCACACCGUCUGUCCAUGGUCCAGACUGAGGAACAAUACGUGUUCAUCCAUCAGUGCGUCCUGUUGAUGUGGCAGAAGAAGAAGCAGCAAUCCAUCACCUCUGACUUCAUCUACGAGAACGCCAGCAAGACAUAAUGACACGCCGUGGACACGUCCACUCUCCAUAGAUAGCUUCAGGCAUCCAUUCUCUGCCGAGGAAGAAGAGGAAGUUCUUCAUCAUCAGAAUCAAGAAACAAACCACCGAACAUCAACCACAUGAGCAAAUUUAAAAAAAGAAGAAAAAUCUUUGUUUUGGUUUGAAUUGGUUUAAAAAGCCUGACAUGGACCAAGGAGCGUUACCGAGCUCCGUCUGCUGAUUGGACGUCUGUGCUGUGAUGACAUUAAGCGAUGAGUCACACGAUGAGUCAGCAGUCGUUUCUUUUUCAUUUGUGUUUUUUAAUCUCAGGAGUCGCUGAAAGGAAAGAAGAAAAGAAACGCCAGGAAUCUUCAUCACGAUCAGUUCACGUGUUGUUUACUCCGGUAACGUCACAAAACGACGACGCUCCACUGCCAAAGGUACGAAAGAAAUAAUAACAACGUGCUGAGUCACCGCGAGGACGGCGAAAUAUUCACGGAACAAAACCCAGCAAAUGUUCGACGAGGAUGAAGUCGACACCAACAUCGAGGAAUCUGAAUUUUACGUUUUCAGCUAUUUUUAAAAAAAGAAGAUUGAAUUUUAUUUCUGUCCUGGUUGACGUCCGUGAUCGUGUCAGCUUUUUCGGAACUUUCUCGCUGCAGGUUGAACACAACGAAAGUUCGGAUUAAAGGAUUAUAAAACAUCUGCACAAGAACUCAAAGGCACAAAAAAGAGUCGAAGGCUGCGGCGAAACUCACGGCGGCCGGAAACUACGACAGAAGACGGGAAGAAUUUCCCAAUGUCGAGCACGGCGCCCUGCGUGAACAGUUCCGACGAAGAUCAACAUUAAAACCGCAGAGGAAAAUUUUUACCUCGCAACAAUCUGCAGAGCGACAGAUCAUAUCCGACAGUAAAGUGACUGAAUCAGUUCAACUGUCUUUACCUGAAAUUACAAUGAAACAUAUUUACACAGCAGAUUUCUGCUGCCUACAUGAGCCUUGGAUUUUUCUUAACACUUUAAUAAAUCUGCAAUUAUGAUAAUUAUGAUUAUUAUAAUAACCUGAAUGUUUACAAAAACGUAGCAUCUUACAGUCACUGCUUUUGUUUCGAUGCCCCAAAUUUUUGUCAAAUUAAAAAAAUUGGCAAAACUCCAAUAUAUAAUUUUUUUUAAUCUUGAAGUUGUAAUCCAAAAAUUUUGUAAUGACCUCAAAUUUCCCAACAUAUAUUUCACACUAAGUAAAAUUUGGCACAAAAUG